CGGGAAAGCUCGCUGGAACUGGAAGAAAUCUCGUCAUAACUAGAACGACGAUUGGUAAUUAAAAGUGUCUGGUGUAAGGGCGAGUUGCUGGCUUAUAUAGGGUCGCUGGGAGGCUGCGCCGUCUUUAGUGGUCGUCGCAGGCCGCCGACCGGACGCGCUGCCGUGCCGCUCGCCUUAUCCGCAAUACCGCGAAACGGAACGCCGGUGCGCGAAAAACAAAACAUAAAAACAAUAGUAAAUCAUUAAAAAAUACAGAUAUUUCAUUGUUAUCUCUGUGACUGACUGUGUUUGUGAAGUGAGUUUUUAUCGGAAGUUUUAAUUGUCUAUUUCACAAAAGAGACUUUUAAAGGGUUAAGGGAUCAUCAAACUAUGUGGUUGCACAAAGCUGCUACUGAGAUCUUCAAACUGUGCGACCUUACCACGUACAUAACGCCUUGUCGGUAGUCCACCGGCGUAUGACUAUUGAAACAGUCAAAAUGGAAGAUAACAGUCCUAGGUUCACAGUAUCGGCCGUGGAGCCGGAAUCGAAGAAGAAUGGCAUCCACAUGGGAGCCAGCAUCAUCUCGCGGCCCCUCCGCUCCUCGGCGGAGACGGUCGAGCGUGGCGUGGCGGUGGUCGCACCCAGCCAACCGGACACAUGGCUCCAUGAUGCCGGGUGGCGUCGGAAACGGUCAUUGGCACAGCUCACGAGGGAAGCGCUGCCAAGAAUGGAGAACUAUAGGAAUUCGAAAAGGGCGCUCAAGAGGCCGAGCUUGGGUGAGCUGCAUGGGGACCAUCUGAUUACUGAAGAGGACGAGAGGGACACGAAGCGCGACACCAAGUCACCGACGCCGGCCAUCGGAAUUAAAUUAGGAUGGAUCCAAGGCGUGCUCAUACCAUGUCUUCUCAAUAUCUGGGGCGUGAUGCUGUUCCUGCGCAUCUCGUGGGUGGUGUCGCAGGCGGGCAUCGGGCUAUCGCUGGUCAUCAUCGCCAUCUCGGCCGUCGUGUGCGUCAUCACUACACUGUCCAUGAGCGCUAUAUGCACCAACGGCGAAGUCAAAGGGGGUGGCAUCUACUACAUCAUCUCCCGGUCCCUCGGCCCCGAGUUCGGCGCGUCCGUCGGCAUCAUCUUUGCGUUUGCCAACGCAGUGGCGGCUAGCAUGAACACCAUUGGCUUCUGCGACUCACUGAACGACCUGUUAGGCCCGGGUGGGGGGAUAUUCUCCGACAAGAUGAAUGAUACAAGGCUGAUCGGGAGUAUAGCUCUGCUGGUCAUGUGCAUCAUUUGCGCGGUUGGCAUGGAUUGGGAGAGCAAAGCUCAGAACUUCCUGAUCGCAAUCAUCAUCGCUGCAAUAGUGGACUUUGUGGUCGGAACACUCAUGGGACCACAAGACAACGUGUCCAUCGCGCGCGGCUUCGUGGGACUCAGCGAGCAAACGUUCAGCAGCAACUUCUACCCGGACUGGCGGUUCAGCGAGGGUCUGAACCAGGACUUCUUCAGCGUGUUCGCCAUCUUCUUCCCGUCAGUCACCGGUAUCCAGGCUGGCGCCAACAUCUCCGGCGACCUCAAGGAUCCAGCGUCAGCUAUCCCGAAAGGCACGCUGCUGUCUCUUCUCAUUUCCAUGAUAAGCUACGCCCUGAUGGUCCUAUUCUCUGGUGGUGGCGCCCUGCGAGAUGCUAGUGGCAACAUAACCGAUCUCGUCAUUGACAAUGGCACCUUUCUUGACCUGGGAACCGUCUCCGACUGUGCUAACACUUCGGAUGGAUGUCCGCAUGGACUGCACAAUGAUUAUUCAGUUAUGCAACUGAUGUCAGCAUGGGGCCCCCUGAUCUACGGCGGCUGCUGGGCGGCGACGCUGUCCACCGCGCUGACCAACCUGCUGUCAGUCCCGCGGCUGAUCCAGGCACUGGGCGUGGACCGCAUCUACCCUGGACUCAUCUUCUUCUCCAAGGGCUACGGGAAGCAUGGCGAGCCUUACCGUGGAUACGUGCUCACGUUUUUGGUUUCACUUAUAUUCUUACUUAUCGCUGACCUGAACACCAUCGCACCACUGAUCUCUAACUUCUACCUGGCCUCGUACGCGCUCAUCAACUUCUGUACCUUCCACGCGGCACUCGUGCGCCCGCUGGGCUGGCGCCCUACUUUCAGGUUCUACAACAUGUGGAUAUCGCUGGCCGGAUUCCUGAUGUGCGUGGCCAUCAUGUUGCUUAUCAGCUGGAAAAUGUCACUCAUCACCUUCGCCAUCUUCCUGACUCUCUAUCUCAUCGUACAUUACCGGAAACCGGACGUCAACUGGGGCAGCAGUACCCAAGCUCAGAUGUACAAGACGGCGCUAUCGAGUGCGCACAACUUGGCCCGCACCGGGGAACACGUGAAGAACUAUUGGCCGCAGCUGUUGGUGCUGGCUGGUCGGCCGCAGGCUCGGCCGGCGCUCAUAGAUCUGGGCCACCUCAUCACAAAGGCUGGCUCGCUGAUGAUUGUCGGAGAUGUAACACAGGGUAAGCUAUCGUACAAGGAGCGCAGCGCUCGCGCGCGCUCCAACGAUGAGUGGCUCCGAGAGCGCAAGAUCAAGGCGUUCAGCGCCAGCGUGCACGGCUUCAACUUCGAGCAGGGCGCGCGGGCGCUCAUACAGGCGGCAGGGGUUGGCCGGCUGUCUCCUAAUGUCAUGCUUAUGGGAUACAAGGCUGAUUGGGCCACGGCGCCCGCCAGCGAUCUUGAGGCUUACUUCAAUGUGCUACACACGGCAUUCGAGAACCGUCUAGCGGUUGCGAUCCUUCGCGUGGCCGGCGGACUGGACUACGGGCCGGUGACGGCGGAGGACGCUCCGGUCACGGGACUCACGGCCACUUCCAGCGGCAGCGGGGACCUCCGGGUGCGCUCGCCCAAUGUCAUGAUGCAUGCUGACUCCGACCUUGACAUACGGGGGGAUUCACAGCCUUCGAGCAGGCAUAAUCUGCAGAGUUUAUUGACUAUGACAACAUCGCGAUCGUUCACAAUAUCGGAGGGCAAAGAGAACGGCAAGAAGAAGCCGAUGGACAUCCAUCGGCAAAUCGUCUACAAGGCAUCCAACGGCGUGGAGCUCUCUAAGGAUCAACUUUCACAGAUGACCAUUUUCCAGAAGAAACAGGAAUCAGGUACUCUGGACGUAUGGUGGUUGUACGACGACGGCGGUCUCACGAUCCUGUUACCGUACAUCCUGUCGCAGCGCACUGCGUGGUCAAACUGCAAGCUGCGCGUCUUCGCGCUCGCCAACCGCCGUCACGAGCUCGAGCUAGAAGAGAGGAACAUGGCGAACCUGUUGUCGAAGUUCCGUAUCGACUAUUCAUCACUGACGAUGGUGCAAGACAUCACCGAAGCUCCGCAGCCGGAGACGAAGAAAAUGUUCGACGACCUCGUCGCCAAAUUCGCUGACAACACAAACGAAGAAUGUGCGAAAAUAAGCGAGGUGGAGCUGUUAACGUUGGCUGAGAAGACGAACCGACAGCUGCGGCUGCGGGAGCUGCUGCUGGAGAAGUCGAAGGACGCCAACCUGGUGGUCAUGUCCCUGCCGAUGCCUAGGAAGGGUUCGGUGUCAGCUCCGCUGUACAUGGCGUGGCUUGAGGUGUUGAGCCGCGACCUGCCGCCCAUGCUGUUCGUGCGAGGCAACCACACCUCCGUACUCACCUUCUAUUCGUAAACGAUCGAUGCAUAAACUUGCUAAACACGAAUUAUGUGUUAAAAAGACAUAAUAAUGAACUCUUAAACCUCUUAAGUACUGCACAAACAAGUCAAGACAAUUUUUAAAGAAACACCAUCCCAGUUGACAUUUAAUGUAUGUGGGAGCGGGGGUGUACACGAUUGGACGGAGCGCCGUCCUUUAAUGUUAAGUUACCUACGUCCUUAGCCUCGAAAUCAACUUAAAAAGUAAAAAUCCUGUAGGUAGUAAAUAAGUAAAAAUCCUAACCUAACCUAACCAUGAUCGAAACCCUUUUCAAAGUAUUAUACUAGCAAAAAUAUUAAAACGACCCAUUUAAAAAAAAUUGGUAUUUACGAGCCUACUGCAUAAUUCAACGUAGGUAUACCUAUAAUACAAUACAUAUACGUUAUUGUCGUUAUUAUAUUACGUUUAGGUACUUAUUUCAAACGACGUUCUCUUUUCCUUUAUGUUACUUAAAAAGUACAAUAUGCGAUAAACCUUUUUAUAUUUUAAGUGUUUUAAUAUUAAGUUACACUAAGUAGUCGUUGUGACUGUAAGCGUAAAUGUUAAAUGUAUUUGCCUAUUACUUAUUUACAUAAAAUUAAGAUAAGCUCAUGCAACCAAAGUUCAUAAUAUUCGUGUAUUUACGUUUGAAUUCUGAUGCCUAAGUGCCCUAAGUACAGAAUUAAUAAAUAUAAAAAUAUAAGUAGAAAUGCAAAGCAUAUAAGUUAGGUUUCCGCAUUUCUUCGCUGCAUAGUAACAAUUAGUUGCCUUCCUACUUGUUGUGUUGGUGUUGAGAUUAUUUUCAAUUGGAACAGUAUUUUUCGGCAAUAGUAAAAAAAUUUAGUUCCUAGGUACAUAUUUGUGUUACACAACAUUAAUUUUUCAUAGAUCCGGGGGAAAAAUAUUAGACAUUCUAAACUUCCGAAAACAUGCAUAAAGUUUAAAAUGUAAGAAAGUCAACCUUUUAUGUCAAUUGUUCCAAUACUAUACAUAUUUGAAGAAUAUAGACAAGUAUUUAACACUAUAAGUAGUUCGUUUUUUUUUUGCAUUAGAAUAAAGGUAAGCGAUCUUGAAAUGUCUUUAAUUGAAAAACGCUUUUUAAAAUUCUGUAACUAUUACUUAUGAAAGCAGAAGAAUAUAAAUGAUCGUAUUAGAUUCAUAAUCCAACUAAAAGACACAUCAGAUUGUUUACCUUAUUUCUAAUGCUAAAAAAACGAACUAUACAAUCCUCAAUGAAUUUUGGGUACCUUACAACUUACAAUAAAUAUUUAUUGUAAGCAAAAUAUAAACUAUUAUGUAAGUACUGUAAGUAGCUAGGUAAGCUAAUUUAUUUUCAUUGCACAAGCUAACAAACUUGACGUUAAUUCAUAAGUGCAAACGGCCGUAUUAAACUAGUAAGUUAACCUACCUAUCUAAAUGACUGUGUUAUUCGAACUUCUCCGUAAAAAUUGAUUUACUUUAAAUUUUUGGCAAAAAUCUUUUAAAAUCGACAAACUGACCAAACGCUAAAAUCUUUUUUUUUAUGAAAAGUUCUGAGAGCUACUGGCAAUUUUAUUUAAUUUUAAAUAUCGUGAUAAAUUAAUUCAAAACCAUA